AUGGAAGGCAGCGACCUACCCCCUGGAAACAUGUUGCAAGGGGUUCCCUAUGAUACUUUAGACUUACGUGGCAGCUCAAUGCAAAAACAUGCUCCAAACUCUGGAAAACAGAUCUUCAGCAGCUCCCAGAUGCCGGGGACUUUCACAAUGUCUAUGACCAGGGCUACAGAGCCUGAUGACUUUCCUGGAUUUCAGUUCAAAGAACAUGGAAAGAGUGAUGACCACCACCACCAACACCAUAGUCAUCACUCAAAGAACUUCAAGAGUGAUGGUGAAGAACAUGAUGUGGCUGAAGAUGCUACUGAUACCCCAAGUGGCAAAGGCAAGAAGGGCUCUGCAUGGCAUCGGAUGAAGUGGACAGAUUCAAUGGUAAAACUUUUGAUUACAGCAGUGUCUUACACUGGAGAUGAUCAUGGUGCCGAUUCCGGUGGUGGCAGGAGGAACUUUACAAUAAUGCAGAAGAAGGGCAAAUGGAAGGCGAUAUCGAAGGUUAUGGGAGAGAGAGGCUGCCAUGUGUCACCGCAACAGUGCGAGGACAAGUUCAAUGACCUUAACAAGAGAUACAAAAGGCUGACAGACAUCCUUGGUAGGGGCACUGCUUGCAAUGUUGUGGCUAAUCCAUCACUUCUUGAUAGCAUGAAUCAUCUUUCUGAUAAGAUGAAAGACGAUGCAAAAAAGAUACUUAGCUCAAAGAACCUAUUUUAUGAGGAGAUGUGUUCCUAUCACAACAACAACCGUGUAAAUUUGCCUGAAGAUCAUGCACUUCAGCAUUCACUACUGCUUGCCCUUAGAUGUAAAGAGGAGCAUGAUCCUCGGAGGGAUCCAAGUGGAGAUGCUGAUGAAGACGAUCAAAGUGCGGAUUCUGAUUAUGAGGAGAAUGACGAAGAGCAACAUCCUGUGCAUACAAACAUGUGGGAGCCCUCAACGCACAAAAGGAAGCGCCACAGUGAUGUGGCUUUGGUCACAUCAAGCUCUCAUGAAGGCAGUGAGAGGUCUGAUCCCCAUGGUGUCACAGUGGACAUCAACAAGGCUUUCACAGAUGCAACCAACAUGGUUUUGUUGCAACAGGACUUGGCUUCACAAGCCAUAGAGAUUCAGAAACGUCGCUUGCAGAUUGAAGCAAAGGAACUGGAACUCACAAAGCAACGUCUCAAGUGGGAGCGGUUCAGGAAGAAGAAGGACAGGGAGAUAGAAAAAAUGGCAUUGGAGAAUGAUCAUAUGAUGAUUGAGAACAAACGCUUGGAACUUGAGCUGAGACAUAAGGAGUUAGAGCUAGAUCUUAAGCUGAAAGGCCAGGGGAACCAUCCGUAA